AUGGAGUCCCGCACGGGGCGGACAAACCAGCGCUAUAGCCCCAGCGGCGAACGACUCGUCGCCGGCGUCGUUGCCAUGUCCUCUGACAAGUCUAAGGUGCUCUUGAUCCAGUCUGCUCGCCGCGGAGGCUGGGUUCUGCCCAAGGGCGGCUGGGAAUUGGAUGAACCGUCCGCUCAGCAGGCAGCCUGCCGUGAAGCUUGGGAGGAGGCAGGCGUCGUCUGUACCGUCCUGCGUGAUCUCGGCAAGAUCUCAGACAUGCGGACCCCGGCCCAGGUGUCCCAAAAGGCUCCCAGGAUACUGUAUCAGUUUUUCGAGGUCCGCGUCGAUCGGGAGGAAGCCCAGUGGCCGGAGAUGCACAAGCGGAAACGACAGUGGGUUACUUAUGCGCAGGCUGCAGCGGCGUUGGCGAAUCGCCCUGAGCUUCUGGAUGCGCUCAAUCGCAGCUCUGUCAAGAGAUAG